UUCAAAAUAAUAUAUUUUUAAACCCUACUCAUGAACAGAGGAACCGACAAUCGUCAGGGAGGCAUCUCUCAAGAUAUCUGAAGCCAACACUUCCUUAACUUUGAUAGGAACGGAGAUGGGUACAUCACCACUUCUGAGCUUGGCAGCUGAUUGAGAUCCCUUGGAUUCCACAUUGAUGAGUCCCAACUUAAAGAACUAGUAGAUGAAUUCGAUAGAAAUCACGAUGGAAAAGUAAAAUUUGAUGAAUUUUAUCAUGUCGUCAAUAUCAGAAUGCAAACCCCUCUUACUGAAGAAGAAAUCAAGGAAGCCUUUAUCUUAUUUGAUAAAGAUAAUAAUGGAAAAGUUACCGCCGCAGAACUUAAAAAUGCUCUUAUGUCUUGGGGAGAAAAACUUACAGAAGACCAGGUUAACGAAUUCAUUGAAGAUGCUGAUACCAAUGGGGAUGGAGAACUAGACAUUACUGAGCUAGUAAGAAUUCUUAAAUCGCAACAAGCCUAAUCAUCAUUUAAUAAACCAUAUCAACCAGAGAUUAUUCUCACAUUAA